GAUCGCGCAGGGCGCCGCCGCCGCUGAGACCGAGCUGUAGCGCCCGGGCGGGGAUCGCUCCUCUUCUCUGGGCCCCGCCGCUCCCGGUAGAAGGGUCCCGGAUUUGGUGUAAACAACAUUACGGGAGGAAAAUGACUCACUGGUUUCAUCGCAACCCUUUGAAGGCUACAGCUCCUGUUCAGUUCAAUUAUUAUGGGGUAGCUACCACUCCAGCUUCGUCAAAGAUUUGCAAUGACUUGAGAUUAUCUCGAACACGGCUGCUGGAGCUGUUUACAGACUUGAGUUGUAAUCCAGAGAUGAUGAAGAACGCAACCGACUUGUAUUUUUCCCUCUUGCAAGGUUUUAUCCUUUCACUGGAUGACUCUUCCCAGGAAUGCAAAUUGCGAUAUAUUCAGAAUUUCAAGUGGACAGACACAUUACAGGGACACGUUCCAUGUGCCCAGCAGGAUGCAGUAUUUGAACUGGUUUCCAUGGGUUUUAAUGUAGCUCUGUGGUACACAAAAUAUGCAUCGAGACUCGCUGGAAAAGAGGAUAUAACAGAAGAUGAAGCAAAAGAUGUUCACAGAAGCCUGAAGAUAGCAGCUGGGAUUUUUAAGCAUUUGAAGGAAUGUCAUAUUCCAAAAUUGAUUACACCUGUAGAAAAAGGAAGAGAUUUGGAAGCUCGACUUAUAGAUUCUUACAUCAUCCAGUGCCAAGCUGAAGCUCAAGAAGUGACAAUUGCUCGGGCUAUUGAGCUGAAACACAAUCCAGGUCUAAUAGCUGCCCUUGCUUAUGAGACGGCUAACUUCUACCAGAAAGCUGAUCAAACGUUAUCCAGUUUGGAUCCAACCUAUGCAGGUAAAUGGAGGAAGUACUUAAACUUGAAGUCCUGUUUCUAUAUGGCUUACGCAUACUGUUACCAUGGACAAACUUUACUGGCCAGUGAUAAAUGUGGGGAAGCAAUUAGAUCUCUCCAAGAAUCAGAAAAAUUUUUUGCUAAGGCUGAGGCAUUGUGCAAAGAAUAUGGAGAAACCAAAGGGCCUGGGACUACUGCCAAACCUUCUGGACAUCUCUUCUUUAGGAAAUUAGGAAGUUUGAUUAAGAACACACUUGAAAAAUGCCAGAGAGAGAAUGGAUUCAUCUAUUUUCAGAAGGUGCCUGCAGAGGCUCCCCAGCUGGAACUGAAAGCAAACUAUGGCUUAGUGGAGCCUGUUCCUUUUGAAUUUCCUGCCUUGAAUGCACACUGGACUCCUGAAACACUUGCUGCAUUUGAUCUCACCAAGAGACCAAAGGAUGACACUGCUAAACCAAAACCAGAUGAAGAAGUAAAGCCUCUGAAGGAACCAGAUAUAAAGCCUCAAAAAGACAGUGGAUGCCGGAUUUCUUAAGUGCCAUAGGUGCUUUGAAUUCAUGUGAAACUGUAUUAAUUGGACUCCAGGGCUUUUAUUCCUGAUCUCCCUUUUUCUGGUUCUUCUUUUUUAAUUUAGAAGACUAAAAUAGCUUACUUUUGUUAGUAUGCAUCUAUCUUGCUUAAGAGUGUGACACAUUUCUAGCAGUUUAUUUAUAUCUGACUUAUUUUUAGUUUUAGUGGGGUAUCAUAGAAUGAAUGGGCUUAAAGGUUCCUAUUGUGCCUCUGGAGAGUUUCUUUUUGUGGGUUUCUACCCACAAGUAGCAAAGGAAAUAUCAUGAUUGUAAUGCUUGAGGAUUUUCCAUUAAGAUAUAUGCUAUAUAACGUUGCAUUCUGCAAACUGAAGUUUGCAUGAGAAGUUAUAUUUAUUCAGGUUUGUCAUACAGGCUUAGCAUCUUGCCGUGUUACAAUUCACUUAAUUGCGGUGAGUGAAGAAAAUGUAGGUUCUGUAUUUCACCCUCUGGUAUUUCCCAGGACUUGGAAAACCUUAAGUUUUGCAUAUUUGGAGCACAAUGUAUAUUCUUCUGAAACUAUGAGCCUCUGUUCUUUCCUCUCUAGAUUAAGGUUCUUGUGUAAGAAUUUGUGGUGAUGCACUUUAGCUUGUCUGUCCUUAAUUAAAAUCCUUUACAAUCACAUUGUAUGUGAAAGUAAUGCAGCAAGUAAUAAGGAAAUGCUUGAAAGUGAUGCAUUGCAACAUCAUUCAUUCAUAGCUUUUGAAUUUUUAAAGUGCUGGUAACUUUGAAAGCUGCAGAUAUUUGAAAUCUCCUGGCACUAGAAAAGCUGUUUAAAUAUAUGAAGUUGUAAUGCAUAAGGUAGUAGAAUGGUAACUAAGAUGCUGCGUUUCCUUAUAGGUAAUGUCUAAAAGAAACUGUUAGGAUAACAGGUGAGAUUGGAUGAAUUGCUGAAAGAACAGCUGAGAAACCAAGCUCUGGAUUUCCUUUAUGCUAUUUGGAAACAGUGCUGUAUCUCAGCUUUUGCAGUAGUGCAUUCAAAUCAGCUCCUUUUGAAGAGAUUUUGCUGAAAGCUGAGCUCAGUCAAGACUGAGAAAGUAUUUUGCAGAACUUGCUUUUUCUGUAUCUGCCUACUGUGGAAAAUGUGAUAGCAUUCUUUAGUACUGAGCGUUCACCACCACCCAUGUCAACAGAACUGCAGCUUUCCAAUUUGUUGUAAGAGGAAAAAAAAAAUACAGUGCGUGUAUUGAAGUGAGAGCCUUGCAGUCUCUAGAUACUAGUUACUGCAUUUAACUCUACCUGAGAAGGAAAUUGAGCUUGAGAAUGUUCCCAUUUCAGGAAAACAUGAUGGCAUGUGCACUUAACAUGACGUAUGCUGUAAAAAUGUUCUUUGCAUUGUACUGUCUGGAUUGGUUCUCUUUCCACUGUGGUGUAAUUCAGUAUUUUUUUUUAUUUUCAACAUUCCAUUGGACCAGUGUAACUUAGUUUAUAGAGCUGGAGCGUAGCUCCUUGAAGGCCUGUGGAACUAAAUCCUUGUGAUGAGGUUAAUAUGAGCCCCAAGACUCUUCCCAAGGUAUUGGACCAAAGUGCAGAAUUCAUUGCUGUAAAAGGCAAAGAGGAUCUAAUACUGGCUAUUGUGGUGAAUCAAAUGCAGAACUUGCACCUUCCAUUGAUAGAUUUUUUUCUUUCUGCCAGGUCUGUACACAAAAAUAAGCAUAAAAUCAACUGAGUUGCUUCUUUGGAAGAAGCUUCUAUUCUUUAAGGGCUUAUAUGGGUAGAGAUAAUAACUAUCAAGAAGGAUUUAUGUCCAAAGUAGGUCUAUUUUCUUCCAAUGCUAAGAAGUAAUUGGAGUAUAUUUUGAGAAGAUACUCAGAUCUGUUUGUAACUGAUUGGCUGAGGUUUUUAGAUGUCUUGCAUUGUUUUUAAAAAAAAAAAAGCUUAAAUUUUGCCAAAAUGGAGCAUGGAACUAUUUUGCCAAAGCAGAUUUUUUAAUCCUUCUACAAAGCUUAUUACAGCUGUAGUCAUCUGAAUUUGCUUAGCCUGCUGCCUUUAAGGAUCAAGAUGCAGUAAACUCCAUUUCAAAAUCAUGCGUUUUUUUAGUUGCUCGUUGUUCUUAAGAAGUCUCUGUGUGUCAAUAUUUAUAUGUCCCAGCCCAAUCAAUUUGCUUUUUAGAAGACUGCAUUCUAUUUUUCCUUCUCCCCUCCCUCUCCAUGUGCUAUGCUCUGUGGCACAGACUUACCUUUGUCUGCUAAUGCACAUGUAGAUGCCAGGACUCGUUUCCAGUGUAACUUUGACCAUGGGUGUAUUUCAGUGUAUAAAUAUCUUAAGAUGAACAAACCAUGACUAAAUCAUUCCCAAACAACUGCUUAGGGAAGAUGAUUGUAAGGACUUGUAAUUCUUAAUUCUUUGGACGUCGUCUUCAACCAAGUGGUUUGUUUGAAUCAAGUUUAUUGUAAAUAGUUGAGAGCAUAACCAAGUGGAUUGUGUCAGAUUAUGGCAUUACUUAAGCCUAGCCGUGUAACUUCUUAUGCCAUUGCUGUUUCGGUAAAUAUGAUGUAGUAGCUUAAAAAUAGACUAAUGGAACAAGCUAAUUCACUUAACAUGUGUUGCUUUUCAAGAGCAACUUUGUUUACUCCUAGUUAAAAUCCUAUGGUGAACAUUGGAUAGUUUUGCCCAAGAAUAAGGAACUGGAGACUGCUUAGUGUGCAAAGUAGAGAGUGUGGUCAGUCAGUGAGCAGUUCUCUCUUUGGUUUUGUUGGAUGGUGGCAAGGAUUACUGUAAAUAAUAUAUAGAUUGCCCGUUGAAUGUGCUCAAGAAUAUAGGUAAAUUGACUGAGAGUUUCAGGAAAUUUAGAAACCUAGCAGCCGUGUUCCUUCAAUUUAAGAGUGAGGUAUUUUAAAAAAUGACUUUUUAAUAUUCUUUUGCUGCAAGAGCCUAUUUGUGUGGCCCCUCUCUGGUUUAGAAGCUCUGCUGGUUAAAUCUUCAAAUGGUGUUGGUGUAAAUAGUCUUUAUAAACUCGUGCUCGGUCUGAGACAGGACAAAACUGCAACUGAAUAAAAUACUGAGUGCUGGGCCCUCUACUUCAUCCUUUUAAAAUGUAUUGAUUGUCUUUAAUCUUCUAUAAAUCAAACUACUAAGCUAUUUGUAAGAUUUAUAUUUAAAUACCUCUAAUACACUUCUUCCAUGUUCUGUGUUUCUGGGUUGAGAGCAGUUAAUCUCUGCCCAGCGCGUGAGGCUCCUAGAACUAAAGGUCUGUGUUUGGCCCUCGUAUGCUGAUGCCCACCUCUCACUGAACUCAGUAGAGGAGUUUUGCCUGUCAGCCUAGGGAUAAUAUUGAUCACCUGAUGGUUCAGCAUGAAUAAGUGGUGUGUCUGUAAUGAUGGUGCUGGUUCAUAGUAUAAGCAAGAAAACAGAUACCUGUAUCUGCGUAGGGUUUAGUCACCUUUGCACUUUAGAAUUCCUGAUCUUGCAAUUUUAGUCCAAUACCAUGACUGUAAAUAUUCCUUCCUAUCCUUUUAGUUUGGUUGCACUGAUUUCACUACUGUGCUAUUGAUACGAUUUCUACGAGAAACAUUACUAAAAUGUAUUUUUAAUUGUCUAUGUAUAAAAUAAACUCAUGAAGCUUA